CCCCCAUUUUGUGAGAUAUACAUGUAUUACUAUAACAUGCAUAUAAAUAAAAACAAUUGCGUAUGCGUUUUUACUUUUAAGUCUGCAUAAACUUCCUCUGGGCAGAUCACCCAGCGCGCCUUUUUGUUUCCCUCCCCCUAAGGCAAUCAUUUCGGGUGAGCCGCCCUUCCCCAACGCGAAAUUUAAAAGCAUGUCGCACUUGUACGAGGAGGUCUACAGGAAGAGGAAGUACUACGAUAGGGCUCUCUGCAACGACUACGAGGACUGGCUGAACAAAAUUCAGUUUUCCAAGACGGUGUACAUUGGGAACUUGUCCAUUUAUACAACGGAGCAGCAGAUUUAUGAGCACAUGCGCCAGGCGGGAAACGUGGAAAACAUAAUCAUGGGGCUGCACCGCACGGAGAAGUCGCCCUGCGGCUUCUGCUUCGUCGUCUACAGAAGCAAAGAGGGCUACACGCAGGCCGUGAACUUCCUAAACAACUCCAUCCUCGACGGCAGAAUCAUACGGGUGGAUGAGGACCUGGGCAUAAUCGGAAGGAGAAAAUAUGGACGGGGAAAAACGGGGGUUCAGAAGCGAGACGAGAGAAAUAAAUACUAUGACGAGGACCGACCUCAAGUCCUGGACCAUUUAGCUGACAGUAGUUUCAUUUCGAAAAAGAGGAAGCUUAACAACGUCGGCGUGAGUGCCGCUCCGUACUAUGAGAGGAAUGUGAAGCAGAGGACCACCCUGUACCCCAGCUUUUCGCAGCCGGGCGACUUUAGGGUGAACAGGCCCGUCCACCUCAAGCCCACCGUUACCCUCUACCCCAAUGUGCAGCACAUGAUGGCGUAUAACAGGAAUAAAAAUAGUGGCGGCUUGUACAGCUUUCACUCGAAAAGGGGCGGGAAGAGGCGAACGUGA